ACGACAUUCCAGAAAGAUCAUCACAUUGCAGGGACUCUUUGCUCGGUUAAGAAUCCCAAUGACGGUUGAUUCAUCAAUACCUGGUACAACUGGAAUGGAAGAUGUUGCUGUAUGAAUGGUUGGCUUCAUGAUGGGAGAGGCUUCCCUAGUAGAACAAUUCAAGUCAGUAAGGACUGUGUAGGUUUUAGAGUUAAAUCGUUUUGAGAGUGGGAUUGUUGGAAAUGAGAUUUUCGAUAAGAAGGAUCUCUGAUAGACGUUUGGUUCAGUUUUGAUUCUGCUGUGUCAUCAUCAGUAGAUUGCUUUAGCAUUAAGCUAUAUAAUAUUAUGAGGGAGGAUAUAGCGAAUAGGGGAGAGAUCUUAUCAUUUACCCACUAAUAACAUUACAUUUUGUCUCUGGGUGAAAAUUAUUCAUGGAAAUCCAUACAAAUCUUGAUGUUAC